AUGGACAACAUCAGAUUCAAUACCAACUUGCUGCGGUCGCUGCUGAAGGAGUAUGUACCAGAUGAGAAGCACCCAUUUCGUAGCCCUUCGAAGCUCUCGUCCGUUGUUUCUUCAAUCAAAACUCAUAAAUUACUCUCAGAAUGGGCCCCAGAAUCCACCAACAAAAAUGUGAUAGAUGAAUUGAAAUCUGCCGUGGAUUCCUGGGUCAAACGCGUGUUCACUCUUGCCUCUAGUAACAUGCCAGACAAGUGUUGGGCUGGAAUAUGUUUACUUGGGCUGACGUGUCAGGAAUGCAGUUCAGAGCGCUUCUUAGCUUCUUACUCAGUUUGGUUUAGUAAGCUACUUUCACUCAUUCAGACUCCAGCUGAUUCUCAUUUUGUGAAGGCCGCUUCUUGUGCCUCCAUAUCAGAUCUUCUCAUAAGGCUGAGUGGAUUUCCAAAUACAAAAAAGGACGGAACUUCACAGGCUACAAAACUUAUUCAGCCAGUUUUGAAGCUGUUGGAUGAGGAUAGCUCUGCUGUCUUUUGGCAAGAAGCUCUUUUUCUAUUAUGCACCAUCAUGAAUUGCUUUCCGCAUUCUGUUCAUCGGAAUCAUGACAGCAUUGAAGCUGCUAUUCUUUCAAAGCUCAUGUCAGGAAAAUGCAGUGCUAGUGUUUUGAAGAAGCUUGGUAAUGCCUUGUGUUUGCUUCCAAAGUCAAAGGGCGAUGAGGAUAGCUGGUCUUCACUGAUGCUGAAGAUUUUGCUAUCAAUAAACAAUCAGUUGAAUGAUGUUUUUCAAGGUCUAGAAGAAGAGGCUAGAAGUAAUGAGACAGUGAGAAUAUUGCUUCCCCCAGGGAAAGAAGCCCCUCAGCCCCUUGGAGGUCAAGCACUAUCACAAGAAACCUCAGAUUUUUCUAUGAGGAGGCCUGAGCAGCUGUUGGUAUCCAGAAUCUCUACUCUCAUGUACUGUUGUUGUACAAUGCUCUCUGACUCUUACCAGGUUCAGGUUCCUGUGCCUGUUCGUGCAGUAGUAUCCCUUGCUGGGAGGGUGCUGAUGGUUGAUGGCUCCUUGUCACAAGCCCCGUAUUCUUCCAUGUUCGCCUUGAAACAGGAAUUAAUUUGUUCAGAACUUCCACUUCUGCAACUGCAUAGUUUGGAAAUGCUUUCUGCAAUUAUUAAGGGGUUGCGCAGUCAACUAUCUCCACACGUUGCAGAUAUCAUUCAAUUGCUGGCUGAAUACUUUGGGAGAUGCAGAUUACCCAUGCUUAGAGGAAAAACUUACGCCAUUCUGAAAGUUCUUCUGUCGUCUAUGGGUGUCGGGGUUGCGAUACAUCUGAGCCAGGAUGUUGUUACCAAUGCAUUUAUUGAUUUGGAAUCUUUUGGUGAUGAGAGGAAAGGCACAAGUUUUGGUGUGCAUGCUAAUGCCUCUGGGGAGACAUUGCCACAAUCUCGCCGGAGAAAAAGGAAGCAGGCAAGUAUGACAGAAUCCCUUCAGGAACAACUUGAUAGAGAUAAUUUGGAAGUGGCCAUACCCCAAAAUCCAGCCGAAUUAUCUGUGAAGGUGGCUGCAUUGGAGGCAUUAGAAGCUCUUCUAACUGUGGGUGGUUCAUUGAGAUCCAAGAGCUGGCGAGCAAAUGUGGAUCAUCUUCUUAUUAAUGUUGCUACAAAUGCCUGUAAAGGAGGAUGGGCCAAGGAGGAAAGAAGUAUUUUUCUAUGUGAUGAACCUACUCCACUCUGGGCAGACUUUCAACUGGCGUCCUUGCGUGCACUUUUAGCAUCUCUUCUUUCGCCAGGCCGUGUUCGGCCACCGUAUUUAUCCCUUGGUCUAGAACUUUUUUGUAGAGGCAUGCAAGAAGCAGGAUCUCGCCUUUCUCAAUAUUGUAGACAUGCCCUUCUGGCCCUUGAAGUGCUCAUACAUCCUCGGGCCCUUCCAUUGGUAGAUUUAGCUUCCACCAUUGAUAACUAUGAAGGUCUGAGCGGCAAGGUUCCAGAGAAUGUUACAUUUCAGGUCACGGCACUUGGGAAAGGUAUCGUUGAGCCUGAAUCAGACGAUGAACUAUAUAAAAAUUGGCUUGGAAGUGAUGAUGAAAUGGAAGAAGUUCCAGUUACUAAAAGGAACACAAAUUAUACCGCAGAACCCUCUGCAACUGCAAGAUCUCUUUCACCAGUGAAUCUUCCCAACAAAAGUGGGGUGUCAUCAUCUGGUGCCACUGAGAGAAUUGUGGUCGAUAGGGACGAUGUUAUGGUUGAAUUACAAGAAACAAAUAGUACUGGUGGUGACAAACUCGGAGAACAUGUGCCAAGUACGGUGGCUGGAGAUUAUCCUGACGGUCAUACUCGUAGGAUAGUAUCCAAUAGUGAUGCAUUAGAUCUAAUGAACACUAAGAUGGCUCCGGUUCCUAAUGAUACUGCAAUGAUGAGCGAUAUUGUAAUCACUGCAGUACAUGAAGAAAAUGCCGAAAAGAAUGUGUUGGGAACCAAAGAUGGUGGAUUCAAUACUAUAAUGGAAAAAAUAUCUGCUACCAUAUCCAAUUCAGAGAAAAGCAAAGGCUUGACAGGUGAAUCUGAUAAUGAAUUGUCAUUGGAUUCAAUUCCUGAUAUCAUUGAUGGGGAUCCAGAUUCGGACUAA